AUGAGCGAAAUUGAGCCUUGCAUUGAGUUUCUUGGCGAGGUUGACACUACAAUGGAGGUGGUAAAGGAGCGAUUUGAGGCUUAUGCCGACAAACCUUUUGGUAUCGUCGCUGAAUCUCAGCGCAUGGGUCGUGGCACGUCCGGACGCGUGUGGAUUUCGCCCAAGGGGAACCUUUACUUCACCCUUUGUAUCCCACAAGAUAACCCGAAAUACCUGAGCAACGGUUUAAUAAUAGUGCUGCCUUUAAUCUGCGGUAUCGCAUGCCGGAAGGCGAUCUUGGCGCUUUUACCAGGCCUGUCGCCGGAACGCAUUGGGGUUAAGUGGCCGAACGACAUCAUUUACGAUCAUAAAAAGCUCGGUGGGACGCUGGUUGAGAGCUCAGGAAACUACUGCGUCAUUGGGAUUGGCAUCAAUGUUGAAGUAGCCCCAACCGUCAUGGACUCAGGCCGCGAGGCAACUUCUCUCAAGUGUCUGGCCGAAAAUUUAUGCAUCCAGAAUACUACCCCACCGGAGCUUGCGAAAAUGAUCUGGGUGUGUUUGUUCGAGAUCCUCACCGAUUCGUCUAUGACACGCAAAAAGGUGGUGGAGGAGUUUAGCAAAGUCAUGGAUCGAAGUCUGAAGCUCCACAAGCGCAUCCCCGGCGGGCGCGACGAGGAAGAGCUCACGGCGGUCUCUCUUAACGAAUGGGGCCAUCUCAGAGUUCGCCACGCCGAUGGAGUGGAAGAGGAACUCUGCGCGGAUUACUUAUUUUAGUCAUGGAAAUUCUAAAAAAAAAGGGAGGGAAUGCUGGUAAAAUUGGCAUUUACACUAUUUAUUUAUUUUUAACAUGCUCCUCCACACGUAUGAGAGGUUGAAAGCACCCUCGAAAGCGGAUUUAUAUGCCAAACUGCAUGCGUUAAAAAGGUUUAUAAAAGAAAAAAAACAAAGUAUCCAUUCUUUUUUGUGAGAAUUCAAGUUAAACUCUUACACAUCUUUAUAUCCUAGCAUCUAUCGAUGUAUACAUGGAGCUUUUCCCAUGUGGAUCUAGCUUCUAGACAGACACAUUUUUCACCAUAUGUUCGAGUUCCAUACUUCUGAUA